CUUUUGAAGGUGAAGUAACACCUGCUGUACAUUUCUCACGAUACUCGAAACACAAAAUCAUCAUGGCUCCACAACUUGCUUGGCUCGGCCUCGGCAACAUGGGAAGAGGCAUGUGUAAGAACUUGGUAGAAAAGGGCAAUCUCGACAAACCUCUCAUCAUCUACAACCGCACGAAGAAGCGCUCCGAUGACCUGUCCGACAAAAUCGCCUCAGAUGUCGGCAGCGGCAAGACCAAAGUCGUCGACACCAUCAACGCCGCCACCAAAGAAGCCGACAUCAUCUUCAUGUGUCUCGGCGACGAUGCCGCCGUCAACUCUACAGUCGACACCAUCUUGCAAGAAGACACCAAGGGCAAACUAAUCGUCGAUUGCUCUACCGUCCACCCCGACACCACCAAUGCCCUGGAAAAGCGCAUCACCGAAAAAGGCGCCGAGUUCGUUGGCAUGCCCGUCUUCGGCGCACCCGCAAUGGCAGACAACGGCCAACUAGUCUGCGUCAUCGCAGGCACGAAGGCGGCAGUUGCCAAAGUCAAGCCCUACACCAAGGGCGUCAUGGGCCGCGCAGACAUCGAGUAUCCAGACCAGCCCGCCGGCAACGCCACCCUACUGAAAGUCAUCGGCAACACUUUCAUUCUCAACAUGGUCAGCCAGCUGUCCGAAGGCCAUGUCCUAGCCGAGAAAUCCGGCCUCGGGGUGGAGAAUCUGCAUUCGUUCAUCGAGACAAUGUUUCCUGGCCCGUACACGGCCUACUCGCAGCGCAUGCUGGCGGGCGAUUAUUAUCAGAGGGAUGAGCCGCUGUUUCAUAUCGAUCUUGCGAGGAAGGAUGCAAGGCAUGCGCGGGAUCUAGCGGAUAGGAGUGGGGCGAGUGCGAAGAUGUUGGGAUUGGCGCAGGAGAGGUUGGAUGGGGUGAAGGAGGAGAUUGGGGACAAGGGGGAUAUUCCGAGUGUUUAUGGGGUUGUGAGGAAGGAGAGUGGAUUGGCGUUUAAGAAUAAGGGAUAAGUCAUCUUCUUCGGGAAAUAAUGCCUUUGUUUGAUGAUACUUGCAGAUUGGUCUUUGCCUACAGUACCGCUGAAAUAUUGGCUAUGUAGUCACGUGUAUGGAUUGGAGAUUGAUUACAGUCCA